AUGAUUCUACGUAACUAAGCAUAAAUAAAGAAGAAUACACUUGUAAAUAUAAGUAACUCGUAUACUCCACCUGAAGAUAUUUCUAGAAAGAAUAUUUCUUUUGCAUUUAAGCUAGCAGACUUUUAUGGAAAUACAAUUGCAGAUGAUUCAAAACACGGGAAAUUAAUAUUGAGAUAAUUUGACAUAAAAAUUUUGAAAAAUGAUUCAGAUGGCACUUCUAAUCGUAUAUUUAAUACCUACUUGAUUCCUUUUUCAAAAUGUUAGAUUGGGAAAAACUUCUUUUAUGAGAACUCCCAAGAGCUAGAAUUGUAUAGUAUAGAUAGUUAUUAUUGCCCAGAUUGGAAUAAUUUAACUAUUCAAGGAAAUUGGUAUGCACCCGAAUAUAAAGGUUUAACUCUCUUGUAUUAAAGAUGCUCUGGGUCAAAUUGUUCUUCUGAUGAUGAUUUUAAAAGCUGGUUCGCUCCUAUUCUGGUCUAAGAGAUAUUUACUAGUUCAUACUUCAAUAUUGGAGACUUUGAUCGCCCAAUUCACUACUUCUUAGAUAAUAUUUGGGUAAACCUAUAAUAUGGCAGAAGUGUUGUCUACCAAACAUUCGUAAAGAAGAACUAGAUUCAACUAUCAGAUAAUCUUUUCGGUUUGUUCUACACUUAGGUGAAUGAUUUCUUUUAUGAGAUAUAAAAGAAUACAUACUUUACAGCAGACGAUUAAAGGGGUCCUGGACCUGGAGUUAUGUUUAGCUAAGAUAUUAUUUUAGAUAAAGAGUAUGAUAUAUUCGAUAGAUAGGUAUAUACUUUGACUGGAGUCUUAUAGGACAUCGGAGGAUUUUACAAUUCUUGCUUCUUUGUUUGCGUUCUUUUAUACUCAAAAAUUCAGUACACUCUAUUCUUUUCAUCAUUAGUAAGUAGACUUUAUCAAAUUGAUGUUAAGCCAAAGAGUUAUUCUAGCAAAAAGAACAAAUAUGAUAUGGAAUCAGUUGACUAAGAUAGUACAAUAACUAAUGUGAACUUAAAGACAAAAUAGAAAAAUGGAUCCAACCUAUCUAAUAUGUAGCUUCACUAAUAUAUCUAGAAGAAUUCUAAAACUAUUACUGAAGAUUUCUUGAAUUACGUUCAGAAUCUCUUGGACAAUAGAUGGAGAAUGAAAAUGUCAUGUAAAGAAGCUUGCAGGAAUAAAAUUACGUUCUUCCUGUGUAGACCUUGUAUAAAGACUAGACAUUUCAGAAAGACUUAUAAAAAAGAAAGGCUAUUUAAAAAGGGAGAGGCUAAGAUUAAAAAAGAACUAGAUUGCGUCAAUCUGAUGGCUAAAAUGAGACAAAUUGAUAUUUUCCUGUCCUACUUUUUUAGUAGUCGUUAAAAAUUCUUAAUGAUGUUCUCGAAAUAAAAUCUACUACAUUUAUCAGAAAGCUCUUAAUCUGAAGAUGAGGGAGAUAGAAUCUAAAGAUUUAUUAAGAAGCACAAGGAGUAUGCUGAUUCUGAUAGUGAUGAUUCUAAUAAGCAUACUCAUGUUGUCUAUGCAAAGCAAAUGCAAGCGUCUCUAAAACACUUUAAGCACCCUGGACAGAUCUCCUUAAUGGAUAAGAGAUUAUUAUAUGGGCUGCUCACAAAAAAUCCCUCUAAGUAUCUAAAUCACGAGUAUAGUUAGAGUUCAAUAGAAAACUUCAAAGAUAAAACAAAUGAUAAGAGUAUUAGAGAUGCAUCGCUUCACUAUUCGGAUAGUGAUUCUGUGGAUCCUAGUAUGAUGGCACCAUACACAGUAUCUAUGAAUCCUCCUGAGAAAACUCAUUAGGAGUUUUAUACUUAGGGAACUAUAAUUAAAGAGAUCAUCAAAGGUCAACCAGAAGAAAAGUCUAUUAAAGAUGGAUUCAAAUCACUUAGAAAAAUGCUUUAGAAAAAACCGAAAUAAGAAAAGAGUGGUUUCUCGAAGAAUAAGUCUAGAAUGACGGCAGUGGACGGGCAUCAUGAUAAGUUCACUCACACGGCAAAGAAAAAAAGACCAGCAACAAAGUACGAGUCCUCUGAUGACAACAUGAAAUUAGAAAAAGUCUUCAAAAAUUGA